UAUUUUCUUUCUCUUACAAACAAAAACAAGUUUUCUAAAAAAAGUUUCCCUGUGUAGACCGGUACUUACAUAGUUGUUUUUUUGCAAACAGAGGCAAAAAUUUAAAGAAAUAUAAAAAAAUAUUUGAAAUUCUACAAAAAAAUUUAAUUAUUAAAUCUAGUACACAAAGAAAUUGGUAAAUUUUUAAAACAUUAGCCAAUAAAAGUUACCGGCUUUUUGUUUUUCUAUUUUCCAAGAAGAAGAAAAACCACAACACAUCAAAAUGUCAGUGACUGACACUUUGCAUUAUUUGGCUUUAGGAAAUCCCGUGAGCAAAACAAUAAUUGGUACAACUGCUUCUAUAUUUUCUAAAGAAAGUUCAAAGACUGCGGCCGGUAAAGCUUCCAAUAUGUCCCAAAAAGUUAUGAAAAAUGUUAUGCCACCGCUGUGGCAAUUGGCUGGACGUAAUUAUAAUUUUGUACGUUUAGCUGGUCUAAGUGGUGCUUCAGCAGUUGUCUUAGGUGCUAUAGGUAGUCACCAUUUGAAUAUCCAGGAUAAACCAGAACUACGUAAUGUUUUCGAGACUGCCAAUCGUUUUCAUUUCUUUCACUCGAUUGCCUUGUUGGGCAUGCCUAUGGCUAAAUAUCCCCUAGUGUCUGGUUCUCUUAUGGUCUUGGGCACUUUAUUCUUCAGUGGUACUCUUUAUUAUCGUGCCUUUACUGGCAAUAAACCUCCAUAUGCCCGUAUGGCUCCCUUGGGUGGCACCUGUUUGAUUCUAGCCUGGCUAAGUUUAUUGAUUUGAUCAGCUGUGUAAAGUAGUUUUUUGUGUUUUACAUGAGAGAUGUAUUUUUUAAAUUAUUUAGAAUUCCAUCAUUUUAAAAUGUUUUAUAAUUAAUUUUUUUAUUAUUUUUUGUUUUUUCUUGUUUCUAUUACUAAAAGUAAUACCAAUAAACAAACGGUUGAAAACUAUUUUUUUGUAUGUUUAAUAAAAAUUUCUUAUAGAUGA